AUGGAUAACGAUUUGAAAAUUUCUGACAUAAAAGUGGGUGCAAAUGAAUUGCUCGCUUUUCAAAGAGAUUUGAAGCAAGAAAAGGAAUUUUUGGUAAAACUAUUGACGAAAAUUGAUAGCCAAGUACAUAGACUGCAGGUGGAACAACUUCAUUUACUUGGAAUGAUGAAUAAAUCAAUGAAAGAGUCAGAAGAGAAGUCUCCGUCACAUGAAUCAAAUCAUGAAACGGAACAAGAUACAUCAAAUAAAUCUUUGGAUUUGUCUAUAGCAUCAGCUCUUAAAUACUUUCAAGAAGAAGAAGAAGAUGAAGAUAUGUGA